UUUUGGCGAUUUAUCAAUGUGGAUGCGGUUCGGGGGUACAACUUUUUUCCAAUACUUUUAAACUUUUCUAUAAUUUAACGUUAACCCGUUAGUUUCGAGGAGUUUAGCCGUUCAAAGUUGCGUUCUUGCGGUCGGUAGGGGCUGUCCCGGUUGUGUUUGUGCAAAAUUUAUUUUGUUUUGGGCGUUUUGACAGCUGUCAGAAUCAGGAGGGCGUAUGCAUUCCUGUGCAUAUUUGCGGAAUAUAAGUUAAAUUUUCAAGACCCGUUUUUUUCCUUCGCAAGAACUAUUUGCCGGUAGUGCCUUUAAUUAAUUAACCAAAAUUCCGGGCAAAGGAACCAAGGAGAGACCAAAGAAUCACAACGGUAACGCCGCUCUGAACAGCGGUACCAGGCACCACCACCAAAACGCCCAUCAGCCACACAACGCGCAGCCUCCCGCAGGGGCGCAACACCAGUUCGGCAGCGGAGGAGGAGCCCCAGUCAAAGGGUGCGCCAUAGGUGCACCUAUGGCCACCCAGCACCAGACCCCUAGCGGUUACCGCUGGAACAACGUGGGAGCCGGCCACCAGCACCCCGCCGCUGCGGCGGUAGGCGCCACCUACCAGCACUACCAGCGCUACCAGCCCGCGCAGACGCAGUCGCCUCAGGCUCAGCCCCAACAGCAAACGCAACAGACCAUCUCGUACAGUAGCGCGGCCGCGGCCAACUACAACAACGCUAAUUCGUACGGCAACCAGCGAGUUCCUACGGCCACCUCGCCCUCGAACGCGAGCAGCGCCAGCAGCCAUACGGGCGGCAGCCAGAGCGGGGGCGGCGGCGCGGGCGCCAUGCAGACGGGGGCGGCCAACGCCGCCAACUCGGCCUCGUCCAACGGCUCGGCCCAGAGCCACCCGGGCGGCGGUACCGGCGCGGAGCAGCUCAGCAAGACUAAUCUGUACAUCAGGGGGCUGAACCCGGGCACCACCGACAAGGACCUCGUUAACAUGUGCCAACAAUACGGUACAAUUAUUUCUACCAAAGCUAUUUUAGACAAGAAUACCAAUAAAUGCAAGGGAUAUGGAUUUGUUGAUUUUGAUAAUCCAACAGCGGCAGAAGGUGCGGUCAAGGGACUGACUGCUCGUAACAUUCAGGCUCAAAUGGCUAAAGUGGGUAUCUGGUACCGUCCUCGUAGACACAACACUCAACAAGAGCAGGAUCCGACAAACUUGUAUAUAGCGAAUUUGCCUCAAACUUUUAAGGAAGCUGAUCUGGACAAUUUACUGUCCAAGUACGGACAAGUUAUAUCAACUAGAAUACUUCGUGAUUCUCAAGGCAUAUCUAAAGGUGUCGGAUUUGCUCGCAUGGAAUCCAAAGAGAAGUGCGAACAAAUAAUUCAGAUAUUCAAUAAUCAGAUGUUGAGCAACUCAAAGGAUCCCUUGUUAGUGAAAUUUGCCGAUGGAGGCAACAAAAAGAAGAAUUUGUAUAAUAAAUCUAACGAUAAUACCAUGAAGUGGCGUGAUGCACAAGACUCCAUGGGCACCAUGGCUUACCCCUCAGAAGCCCUUGCUCAAAACGGUGUUGCUGGCCAGCACAUGGUGCCAUACCCUAAUUAUAGGCAUAUUCCUCAGUACCCCAACUACAGUGCUCAGUGGCUGCCUCAGUACGUGAUGACGUCGUCCGGCAUGGCUCUGCCCAGCGUCGAGGACUACAACCUGCAGGGCCACGUGCCCUCCAGGGACGGCCAGACUCCGCGCGCGAUACCCGUCAUGCUGCAGAGCGACACGGCCAUGUCUUAUACAAGUGUCAUUCCCCAGCUCACGACCCAGAUGAACGCCAUGCAGUUGACGCAAGCCCCGGGCUCCUACAUUCCACCCCAGGGGUUCUAUCCUUACCCCAUCAUCCACAUGCCUGUCGAUUCUGAGCACACCAGCAACGCGGCCAGCCCAGAGGACCAGUACGGCGCCUACCAGGCGGCUUCGCAGAAGUAGAUGCAAAUUUAUACGUUUAUAGAAGAGAUUUUCUUUGCGGUUCGACGUAGGUUUUGUAUUAGCUACUUAUUUAAAAGGAGACGCGCGCGCGCAGUGGCACCCUUGCCGCGCUGGACUUCCCCGAGUGCCAUGCCGCUACUGCUAAACUAAUAGCCGUAGUCUUUUUGUUAAUUGUCGACCUCUCCAUCGAUGUUAAUUCCGUUUAAUUACGGCUUCAAAAACAAAGAAAAUCCUGUACUUAUUUAUUUAUUUCGUCGUUCGGGUGUUUAAAUAAGUAGUUAAGUACCAAAAUACGAUAAUGGUCUUGAGUGUAAGACCAACGGACUAUAUGACGACUGUCACAAACGCUGUUGGAGACUCUAACCUAAUUUAAGUUUAUUUUGCGAAUGUUCUGUGUGCUUUGUUUUGUUGAGUGUAUAAACGGUUCUUGCGCGUCACAAAUUACUGAUUUGUACAUAAAAUGACUGUGUACAAAGGUUCACACGAGUUUUUCGACUGUUUACAGGGGGUAGUAGUUUAUCACCAGACAAAAAAUAAUAAUAAAUCAGAACAGGUAACGUUGAUUUAAAAUUUACCUAGAAGAACAAGUAGUAGUCUGUCAACUAAUAAAAAAGGCUCUCAUUUCCGUUGAUUUUGAUCUUUUUUAUACAACAGUUGUUACAAAACUUAAAAAAAACGGACUGAAUAUGUAAAGUAGAUAUUUUUGAUACAGUAUGUUCCUAGUUUCAAAAACAUUGUAUUAAAAAUAUGUCAUAAUAUAUUAACUCAUAUCUGCGUAAGAAACUAGAGAGAUCGAUUGAAUUUCGCGUGUAUAUAUACAUAUUCGGUGGGGUACGGACGGAUUUCUUACACAGAUAACGUUUAUACCAACACAAUUUAAAUUUAAAAAAAACUAAAAAGAAUAGGCUAGGGAUUUAGAUAUUUAUAUUAAGACAGGAACGGUGCAGAGCGAAUCGCACUUAAGUUAUCAAAUUUGGAUGUUGUUACUCUAGUCAAAUUAAGGAAAUGGUUAUGGUUGUUGGGCGAGAAGCUAGAUUGUAAAUAGACGAGACUUAAGUGGAUAGUUCAAUCACCUGUUGUUCUCGCCCUAGAGGUAAAGCCUUGUUUCAUCAAAUUUUCAGAGUUUCAUUUCGUUGAUUAUUAUCGGUAGCUCUAAAAAUAAAUUUAAUAGAAACAAAGAUAUGGCGCCUACUUGAAAAGAAAUUUUGUCUAUACCUUUGUGGAGGGUUUAUUGCUGUAAAAUUUUGUCAAUUUAACUACUGAAACUGAAUACUUAAAAAUAUAAAUAUUUAUUUACGAAACUAGAGACAAGUUUCUCAGUGAUUUUCGAACACAAAUUUACUUAAAUCAAUUAAAAUUAGUUAGGUGUUUCAGUGUCACAGUCUCGCAGGAUGAGAAAGCAUUUGGUAUACCUAUCUGACAAACUUUGACAUAAAAAAUCGACAUUUUCAUUUUUAAGUAUUUUGUUUUAGUAGCUGUCAUUGAAUAAGAAGGCCAAGGAAGGGGCAUGUCAACAAAAU